AUGGCCGGCGCAAAAAAGGACGCCGCCAAAGGCGACAACCUAGCAGUCCCUCCAGCCCGCGGCGAGAGCGAAUCAAAAGCACCAACAAUAGCAGAAAGUGAAGAUGCCCGUGGCUACAACAACAAGGAAGUUCUCUCCGACACAGACGGCGGACGGACAAUCGACUCUACAGAUCCAGAGAAGGAACGACCACAUACGUUGAGCCAGCAAAAGUCUAAUGCUACGCACAAGAGCCACGCUAGUACGAUACGGGAGGAUGGAGUGGAAUACCCGACUGGCCUGAAGCUGGGCUUGAUCACGAUAGCGUUGUGUUUGAGUGUUUUCUUGAUGGCUCUUGAUAACUCCAUUAUCGCGACGGCUAUUCCGAAGAUUACGGAUCAGUUUCACAGUUUGCAGGAUGUGGGUUGGUAUGGAAGUGCCUACCUCCUCACCACCGCCGCGCUCCAACUCCUCUUCGGACGCUUCUACACCUUCUUCUCCCUCAAAUGGGUCUUCCUCAUCGCCAUCUUCAUUUUCGAGCUCGGCUCCCUGAUCUGCGGCGUCGCCAAUACCUCCACCACCCUAAUCAUCGGGCGCGCCAUCGCCGGCAUUGGUUCCGCCGGCAUCUUCUCCGGCGCCCUGAUCAUCCUCGCCUACGCCGUGCCCCUCGAAAGGCGACCCCUAUACACCGGCUUCAUCGGCUCCAUGUACGGCAUCGCCUCCGUCUCCGGCCCGCUCCUCGGAGGCGCCUUCACAGACCAAGUCACUUGGCGCUGGUGUUUCUACAUCAACCUCCCCAUCGGCGCCAUCACCAUGGCCGUCAUCGGCUUCUUCUUUCCCGACCCCAACCGCGAGAGACCAAAGGAGGAGACGUGGGCCAAGACCAUUAUGAAAUUCGACCCCUUGGGCACAGCGGUGUUCAUGCCCGCCAUCGUCUGCUUGCUGCUGGCGCUCCAAUGGGGCGGGACCACUUACGAGUGGGACAGCUGGCGGAUCAUCUUCCUCUUUGUGCUUUUCGCCGUUUUGAUCACCACCUUCAUCAUCAUCCAGUUCAAAAUGCAAGACGAGGGCACCGUCCCUCCCCGCAUCAUUAAAAAGCGCACCGUCUGGGCUUCGGCAAUUUUUAAUUUUUGCCUAGGCGCCGCCUUCAUGGGCUCCGUCUACUACCUGCCCAUCUGGUUCCAAGCCGUCAAGGGCGCCACCGCCGUCAAGAGCGGUAUCAUGAACCUCCCCAUGCUUCUCGCGACCGUCAUCCUCUCCGUCGUCGCCGGCGCUCUUGUAUCCGCCCUAGGCUACUACGCCCCCUUCAUGAUCCUCUGCUCCGUCAUUUCCAGCAUCGGCUACGGUCUGCUGACGACCUUCGAACCCGACACCAAAUCGGGCAAGUGGAUUGGCUACCAGAUCCUCGUCGGCGCCGGGCUGGGAUUAGGUUUACAACAAGCUCUCAUGGCCGUGCAAACCGUCCUCAAAAUGAAGGAUGUCUCCAUCGGCACGGCGCUGAUGGUAUUCGCCCAGACCCUCGGCGGCGCGCUGUUUGUAAGUAUUGCGCAGAACGUGUUUACCAAUAAGCUGGUGCAGUAUGUGGGCGAGCUGGCGCCGGGGUUCGGUGAUCCGGAGAAUAUUUUGUUACUUGGUGCGACGAGCGUGCAGAAGACGGUGGAUAAGAGUAUUUUGCCGGGGGUCACGCAGGCGUAUAAUAAUGCGCUGACGGAUGUGUUUAUGGUUUUUGUGGCGAUGGCGGUGGCUAGCAUUUUUGGGGCGUUGUUGGUGGAGUGGAAGAGUGUGAAGGGGAAGAAUGUUGAGGUUGGGUUGGCGUGA